AUGAAGACGGCGACCGUCUCGACAGCGAUAGCGCUCCUACUGGCCACUGCGGCCCGUUCCGACGACUCUUCUGUGGUGACCCAACCCUCAGGCGCAGGAGGUGGUCCUGAGCCCACUACGGUGGACUUUGAUGGGACCGACAUGCACGACGAGGACAAAGGGGACACGACUGCUAAUGAUAAUCUGCUGGGCACGAGUUGGAUUGGAGGUCGCCCCCUUUACAUUGAGACGAACCAGGGCACGGUCGCCGUCGGGCCCGAUGACAAGUCGAUGCACUCCAUCUCGACGAAGUCAAAGGAUACAAUGGCUGACUUCGAUGGGACUGGCGCUGGCCCUUCCGGUCCGAUGACCAAAGUCGACCAGGACGACAUGAUGCGUCCGGACAUGACUGGCGUCAAUGGUUCAAUGGUGAACCCGAUGCUGACCGACACGGACCAGGACGACAUGAUGGUGAUGACGAACGUGACGGGUGUCAAUGGCACGAUGACCCCGGUCUUGACUGAAGUGGACCAGGACGACAUGAUGCGCCCGGACAUGACUGGCGUCAAUGGUUCAAUGGCGAACCCGAUGCUGACCGACACGGACCAGGACGACAUGAUGGUGAUGAGGAACGUGACUGGUGUCAAUGGCACGACGACCCCGGUCUUGACUGAAGUGGACCAGGACGACCUGAUGCGCCCGGACAUGACUGGCGUCAAUGGUUCAAUGGUGAACCCGAUGCUGACCGACACGGACCAGGACGACAUGAUGGUGAUGUCGAACGUGACUAACAUCAACGACUCCAUUGCAGCCACCAAUGCCGCUGUCGUUACUCCGGAUGGAUCCUGCGUCCCAGUGAGUGUCGAGGGUGAUGCGACCUAUUGUGUCCAAGGACCCGUUUGCAGUGGGUCUGGCUCGGUGCCUGCGGGCUGGUCGUGUCCGCGAAUGGGAGACAUGGCUACAGCCGAUUGCCACGACACUUUGGCUAGUUACGGGACUGCCGGCUGUAUCUUACCCGAAACCAGUAUCUGCAGACCCCUCAACACGGGAGUCUGGGGCUGUGUUCUCUCCUCAGUCGCUGACAACAUCAGCACUACUCCUGCAAUCGUAUCGUCCGCCAUGUACCGUCCUGAUACGGUAAACAUGACUGGCGUCAGUGGUUCAAUGGUGAACCCGAUGCUGACCGACACGGACCAGGACGACAUGAUGGUGAUGUCGAACGUGACUAACAUCAACGACUCCAUUGCAGCCACCAAUGCCGCUGUCGUUACUCCGGAUGGAUCCUGCGUCCCAGUGAGUGUCGAGGGUGAUGCGACCUAUUGUGUCCAAGGACCCGUUUGCAGUGGGUCUGGCUCGGUGCCUGCGGGCUGGUCGUGUCCGCGAAUGGGAGACAUGGCUACAGCCGAUUGCCACGACACUUUGGCUAGUUACGGGACUGCCGGCUGUAUCUUACCCGAAACCAGUAUCUGCAGACCCCUCAACACGGGAGUCUGGGGCUGUGUUCUCUCCUCAGUCGCUGACAACAUCAGCACUACUCCUGCAAUCGUAUCGUCCGCCAUGUACCGUCCUGAUACGGUAAACAUGACUGGCGUCAGUGGUAUAAUGGUGAACUCGAUGCUGACCGACACGGACCAGGACGACAUGAUGGUGAUGUCGAACGUGACUAACAUCAACGACUCCAUUGCAGCCACCAAUGCCGCUGUCGUUACUCCGGAUGGAUCCUGCGUCCCAGUGAGUGUCGAGGGUGAUGCGACCUAUUGUGUCCAAGGACCCGUUUGCAGUGGGUCUGGCUCGGUGCCUGCGGGCUGGUCGUGUCCGCGAAUGGGAGACAUGGCUACAGCCGAUUGCCACGACACUUUGGCUAGUUACGGGACUGCCGGCUGUAUCUUACCCGAAACCAGUAUCUGCAGACCCCUCAACACGGGAGUCUGGGGCUGUGUUCUCUCCUCAGUCGCUGACAACAUCAGCACUACUCCUGCAAUCGUAUCGUCCGCCAUGUACCGUCCUGAUACGGUAAACAUGACUGGCGUCAGUGGUAUAAUGGUGAACUCGAUGCUGACCGACACGGACCAGGACGACAUGAUGGUGAUGUCGAACGUGACUAACAUCAACGACUCCAUUGCAGCCACCAAUGCCGCUGUCGUUACUCCGGAUGGAUCCUGCGUCCCAGUGAGUGUCGAGGGUGAUGCGACCUAUUGUGUCCAAGGACCCGUUUGCAGUGGGUCUGGCUCGGUGCCUGCGGGCUGGUCGUGUCCGCGAAUGGGAGACAUGGCUACAGCCGAUUGCCACGACACUUUGGCUAGUUACGGGACUGCCGGCUGUAUCUUACCCGAAACCAGUAUCUGCAGACCCCUCAACACGGGAGUCUGGGGCUGUGUUCUCUCCUCAGUUGCUGACAACAGCAGCACUACUCCUGCAAUCGGAUCGUCCGCCAUGUACCGUCCUGAUACGGUGAACAUGACUGGCGUUAAUGGUUCAAUGGUGAACCCGAUGCUGACCGACACGGACCAGGACGACAUGAUGGUGAUGACGAACGUGACGGGUGUCAAUGGCACUACGACACCAGUCUUGACUGAAGUGGACCAGGACGACCUGAUGCGCCCGGACAUGACUGGCGUCAAUGGUUCAAUGGUGAACCCGAUGCUGACCGACACGGACCAGGACGACAUGAUGGUGAUGACGAACGUGACGGGUGUCAAUGGCACUACGACACCGGUCUUGACUGAAGUGGACCAGGACGACAUGAUGCGCCCGGACAUGACUGGCGUCAAUGGUUCAAUGGUGAACCCGAUGCUGACCGACACGGACCAGGACGACAUGAUGGUGAUGACGAACAUGACUAACAUCAACGACUCCAUUGCAGCCACCAAUGCCGCUGUCGUUACUCCGGAUGGAUCCUGCGUCCCAGUGAGUGUCGAGGGUGAUGCGACCUAUUGUGUCCAAGGACCCGUUUGCAGUGGGUCUGGCUCGGUGCCUGCGGGCUGGUCGUGUCCGCGAAUGGGAGACAUGGCUACAGCCGAUUGCAACGACACUUUGGCUAGUUACGGGACUGCCGGCUGUAUCUUACCCGAAACCAGUAUCUGCAGACCCCUCAACACGGGAGUCUGGGGCUGUGUUCUCUCCUCAGUCGCUGACAACAGCAGCACUACUCCUGCGAUCAGAGCGUCCGUGAUGGCUGCUAUGGAUCCCAACUCAGCAUCCGACGACUCGUCGUCGUUCAGCGUCUUCGCGGCUGUUGGCAUUGGAGCUGCGUGCGUUGUAGCCGUUGCUGCUUUUGUCCUGUUCAAGAAGCGCCAGCGCAAGUCAGCGGAAGCCUCGCAGCUCGCACACCAGACAUUCGUUGACGUCAAGACGCCGUAA